GCUCGAAACAAUUUAAUCGUUACAAAGAUUCUUAGUGGCGGUGCGUUUGUUGAGUAGAACCGAAUGUUAGAGUUAGAGUGAGUCUGCCUGAAUUCUCCGCAAAGUUAAAGCAUAGCAUUCACUACUAAAAUAUGUCGGGAGUUUAGUGGGUGGGAAUGGUUUUUGGCCGUAACUGCCCUCCGUUAAUAAUGUAUAACGUUAUACAUUACAUAUACAUUACAUAUACACAAGUUUUUAAAACGUACGUUUUAAAAACUUGUGCAGGAUAAUGAGGGAACGACAUGAUCUACUUAGUUGUGAAUUUAUGAAAGAGUUUUCAUAUCAAAUGCUGUAGCAUUUUCACUGUCAUUUCGGAUGAGUUUGAGAUUCUUGUGCAUAUGAACCUCUGUAAUACCAUGGUAUUGCAAAUAUGAUUGUUAUACAAUUUGGGAAUCAUAAAAGAGCUGGAUUUUUAGAAGAAAGAAAUCCCUGCAGAUAAAAAAUAAAAAGGGAUGCCGUCUGGUAGCCAUAUGAAAUACAUUUUGUGACGAACAGAAUCAUGAGUAGUAAUUAGAUUCCAAAUUUUUUGAUUGAAGAUAGAAGACUUAACUCAGUGUUAAUCCUUUUCUAAUGGGUUCCGGUGUUUCUCUGGUCUCUUCUUGAAUGAGUUGAUUAUGGGCGCUGGCACCUGUGAGUCCGUCCCAAGAGUUUACAACUCGGAGGGAGAAUCAGUACUGCACAGUGAUAUAGGUCCUUCUUGGAUUUUGAAUUCUCCUGCUAUGCACUUUGAGGUGUACCGACCUAGUGGGAAGGAAAAGAAUAGGUAGAUUAUAUCCGUAGUUACUGUUUUAAAUGUCUGCCCACGGUGUGACAAGGAGAAGAGAUUCAGACUAGUCUUUGAUCAUAUGGUAGGACGGUCAUCCCGAAAAUUUUGCGUGUUAGCUUCCUUCUGGACCCCUACUCGAAUGUAGGAGUCACUCUGAAGACAAUGAUGGAGUUUUUCAGCCUUUCCCUUACUAGAGAUGUACAUGAUGAAAUGAACAUAUCUCUGGGGUCUCUAGUAAACGUUUUGCGUACUGCCUGUAAUCUAAAAAUUCGAACUACCACCUCACGAUAGUGAUCGGCAGCUUUUUAGGUCAUGACUUACGAAGACACCUAAAUCCAUAUGAAUUUGAGCUUAUGGGAGUGGUAUUCCCUGACGCUUGCGUGUCUACUUUACUUAAUUAGACAAUGGUUGGGAGCAUCCAUUGUUUGAACCAAUCUGACAGUAUAUUGAAAUCUACUUGCGACUCGAGCAUAUCUUUAUCUCCCUUAAGCUAUUUCGAGAUUUCUAGGUCUUCGUCGAAAAUCAUAGGAGACUCGGUGAACCGUGGUAAUUCGUUGAUAUAUAGGAUGGAUAAGAAGGGACCCAGUACGUUGUCUUGUGGCACCCCACUACGAAUUCCUUUAUCCAGUUUAGCAAGCCACCCUUAAAACCAAGAUUUCCCAACUUCACGAGGGAUCGUUUUGUGAGGUACUUCAUCGAAAUGUUUUCUGAAACUUAUGAAGACAUCAAUAGGUUUCUUGUCAUCCCUUAACUUGAUCUAGCUUUCCCUUGCUGUGAGAAGCCUUGUCAAGACCGUCAAUGUUGUAAUAAGAAAAAUGGUGGUGGCGUUGCAACUUUUAUUCACUCCAAAUGGUCUGUCUCAAAUAACGUCUGCUUCACCUUCUCAAAUGACUUCAUUGACUGUAUUACUGUCAAAUGUCGCCCCAAACAUCUCCCCAAAUAUAAACAAUUCUAUAUUACAAACAUGUACAUUUCUCCUAGUUGCUCUCCAUCUGAUCUAUCUAAUUUUGCUGAUGAAUUCACCAUGUUUGCUGCUGCCAACUUCGACAACUCUCUAUCCGUUAUUACUGGAGACUUCAACACAUCAGAUUGCUCCUUUCUUGAAGCUCUUGGUCACACAAACAUAGUCAAAUUUCCCACUCGACUUGACAAAACACUCGACUCGUUUUUACUAAUGACGAAGGAGUAUAUGAAACACGUAGACGUUCACCGAUACAUAACUCCGAUCACUGCAUUGUCCGCGUUUUGCCAAAAAUAUACAGCAAAACACAUAUUAAAAUCUUCUCACACCUGUCUACGAAGCACAAGAAAGAUGCUACACAUCUGACAACUUACUCAAUCUAAGAUGCAUGUUAAAAGAUACCAACUGGGAUCUAUUCUAUGAAAGUACAUUAGAUGACUCAAUCACCAAUAUAAUGGAUUAUCUUAAGUUCUGCCUCGACAUAUGCUGUCCCAAACAAACACUGUUCAAACGCCUCGACCGCUUCUCGUCUCCCCGUCUCAAACAACUUCGCAGGCAAAAAGAAAUGUUAUAUAAAUGCAAAGACAAGUUAGGACUUAAAAAGAUUAAUGCUCAAAUCAAAUCUGAAAUCAAAAAUCUUAAUGCUAUCUAUAACCAAACACUUUUAUCAUGCAAAUCUCCUAACAGCAUGUGGAAACUUUUCAAUGAAAUUACUGGCAAAACAAUCGAUUCAUGUUGCACUGUUGAAGUCACAGCUGAUCGGCUAAGUUAUGCAUUUCUACGCCUGGAUCUUGAAGAUAGAAAUUCAGUCAUACUUUCCAGUUGGAAUAGCUUACCGCUAAACUUACCAUCCGGAAAAGAAUUCCGACCAUCUGUUUGUUCUUCCACGGCGUUUCAUUGUUCUAAUAUUCUGAAGGAACAAAUUCUAUCCAAUCACAAUGUUCCACUAAAUAUGGAUGUUAUUCUACGACCUGUUGUACCAUCAACUUGUUUUACAACGACAACAAUAACAACAGGAAAAUAUCCUAAAGACAAUUUAAUUAUGCAUCAGGCUGUGGUAACAGGUUACCUGUUGGCUUUUUUAUCUAAUCAUACAAAUGAUGAAUUUCAUCAAAACUGUCAAGCUUCCAUUUCACUUAAAUGUCCAACAGUAGAGACUUUAGUCAACUGGACAAAUCAGUCAACUAGUCAUUGGGUACAAUAUCUUAAUCAGUUAUUUUUGUUAUCGUAUAAAAAUGAUCAAUUUAUAACUUUUAACCUUUUGCCUAAAUCAUCUAAGCACUUAUGUACAGUGAAGAAUUCGAAAAUAAUGCCUGUACAGGAGGAAAUCAAUAUGCGUUUACAGUCUGAACAGUUACUUUCUGUAUUUAGGGCUUCAAAUAUGACAAAACGUAAAGAUUCAACUACUAUGCAAUUUUUGUUAGCUCGAUGUUUAUUCACAUGUAUGUAUCACCUAUUCCAUGAUAAUUAUUCGAGGAUAGUUUAAAUUUGUGAUUUUUUUUUAUUCAUUGGUUUUUGGAUUUUUUUAUUCCACUAAAAAGAGAGUGUCUUCUAUUGAUAUCAUUUGUUGUUUU